UUGGUUGCACGCAUCGGAUAUGCUCCCACAUAUUCGCUUCCCUCGUCUUCUUCCUCCCCCCUGCCGGUGCUGCCUCGCUCUGACUACUUAGCUACUGCUGCUCCAACUCCAACCAACCAACACCAACCUCUGACCUCCUCGCCUCCAUCCCUAUAUUAAGCUCAGCGUCGCCACUGCUUCGCCCUCCUCAUUCUCGUUCCAGCAGUUAUUUAGGUGAUCUACCUAGCUAGCGAUCGAGUUAGUUAUUCUCUUGGCUACAGAGAUAGACAGAUAUAUCAAAUAAAUCAUAAUCUUGCAAGAAGAUGAAGUUCGGCAAGCGGCUCAAGAAGCAGAUCGAGGAGAGCCUGCCGGAGUGGCGGAGCCACUUCCUCAACUACAAGGAGCUCAAGCGCCGCGUCAACGCUGUCUCCUCCCCGGCGCCCUCCCCCGCCGCCGAGGCCGACUUCCUCACGCUCCUCAACGCCGAGGUCGACAAGUUCAACGCCUUCUUCCUCGAGCAGGAGGAGGAGUUCGUCAUCAGGCAGAGGGAGCUGCAGGAGAGGAUCCAGCGGGCGGCCGAGGCCAAGCCCUCGCCGGCGGCGGACGCCGAGAUCGCGCGCAUCCAGCGCGAGGUGGUCGACUUCCACGGCGAGAUGGUGCUGCUGCUCAACUACAGCAGCAUCAACUACACGGGCCUCGCCAAGAUCCUCAAGAAGUUCGACAAGCGCACCGGCGGCGUGCUCCGGCUCCCCGUCAUCGCCGGCGUCCUGCAGCAGCCCUUCUUCACCACCGACCUCAUCUCCGAGCUCGUCAGGGACUGCGAGGCCAUGAUGGAGGCCGUCUUCCCGGCCUCCGCCGUCUCCGACGCCAGCAGGGACCUCGAGGAGCGCCAGGCGCUCGCCGCCGCCGAGCAGAGCAUCUUCCGCAACACCGUCGCCGCGCUGCUCACCAUGCAGGAGGUCCGCAGCGGCAGCUCCACCGUCGGCCACUUCUCGCUGCCGCCCAUGGCGCCGCUGCCGGAGUCCGACUGGCUCGUCCAGUCCGUCCAGCCGCCGGCGUCGCCCCUCAUCCCCACGCAGUGAUCUCAUCGAUGUCUUCAUUGUCUUGCACGACAACUGAGCAUACGCAAGAACGCACCAAUUAAUAUAAUCGUGCUAUAAUUAAAUUAAUUAGAGGCUACUGUUUUUAUUUUAUUUUUUUGUCACGAAAUGCGCUCGCUGCAGGGUUAUACAAAUGCUGAAAAGAUGAGAUGUGUAAUUAUCAACCUGUAAUAUCACUCCUUUUUCUUUUUCUUUGGAUGUGUGUGCUCUUGUCUUACUUUUACUGACUACUAGUAGGACUAUAGGGAAUAGGGUUAAAUAAUGUAACAGGCAGGAUCAAUCAGCAUUGUUCUUGCAGUGAUCUUUUUACCGGCAAAUCCAACACCAUGCUGCGGAUCAAAGAUGCUCAGAUCCUCUGUCA